AUGGUGGACACUCCCGAGAAACCUCUCGUGGUGACGCCCCACACGGAUGUGACAAAGCUUUCCACCGCUGUGGUCGUCCGACACCGCAAGUUUGCUGGUGCAGCCAUCAAGAUGAAAGCGCAGCAUGAUACGGUGCUGAGCACGGCGGCGAAGGCCUUGGCAACAAUUCCCAGCACUGGUAGAGAGGAGGUGGGCAAAGAACUGAGCUGCGUGAUCCGAUGGCCGCGGCUGAAGGAGACGGAGAAGGAUGAGGCCCAAAGCAUGGAGAUUUCAUGGCGCUACAGUGGGAUAUUCGGGAAUAGUAUGGGAAUAGUAUGGGAAAGAUUCAUGGGAUAUCAGGGAAUAUGA